GAAAGAGCGACGGAGAGAGAGAGUGGAGGGGACGAGACGACGAUGAGCAGCAGAAGAAGAAGAAGCGGAGACGAUGACAAGGGAUUGCUCUGGAAACUUCCUCAAGUUAGAAUCAAAGACGUCGGAAAUGUUGGUCCAGCCUUUGGACUCGGUUUCGGUUGCGGAGUCGGUUUCGGCGCCGGUCUUAUCGGAGGUGUGGGAUUCGGACCAGGAGUGCCUGGAUUACAGUUUGGUUUAGGAUUUGGAGCUGGUUGUGGAAUUGGUGUAGGUUUUGGCUAUGGUGUUGGAAGAGGAGCUGCUUAUGAUCACUCUCGUUCUUAUUAUAACGUUGGGAAGCCAUCUUUGAAUGAAGUUGAUUCUCUUAUUGAUGAACUUGUUGUUAGUACCAAGAAGCUUGUGAAAGCUACAACGAAGGAAAUCGACAAGUGGAUAAAAUGAUGAACAUUAGCGAUAAUUUAGCUUGUUUGCUUGCAAGCUGCCAAGUAAAUGUUAGUGUUGUUGCUAUGUUUCUUUAGAUUAAGAAUAUAGAGACUCGGGGGGCUAGUGGAUCUCGUUUCGUAUUGUACAAUUGGUUAUGGUAUAAAGAACGUAAUUUUACAUGGCAGAUUUAUAAUUCUGGUAAUGUGUAUAUUGUGAGUUCUGCUUUCUCUUUAA